UAUCCUAUAUAGUUAAUAAUUUAAUUUUAUGUAUAUAUGCAAUAGGUUGACUCCCCUAAUUUUUGGUUUUACUCGUAUCUUUCUUUUAAUUAAUAUUUUGACGCGUCCUUCAUGAUGAAAAGAUUUGAGAGGGAAGAAAGUUUGUGUUAAAUGGGUUGUCGAAACUGCAGAUUAGCUGUUUGAUAAAACGCCCAACAGAACAAUAUUUUUUCUCCUAUGUUGCCUGUAUUUUUCAUUUUGGUUUCUGCUUGGUACUUGUUGCUCGAUGGGAGGUGAUAAAUAUUCCUAGAUAUUAGUCAAGGUGCUCGCAAGAUAGCCCCGGACACUACACUUACACUGAGUUUGAUGGUAAAUAUUUUUCACCGGACAAAAAUUUUUUUGACACAUUCCCAAGAAAAAACAUUUUCUGUUGCUUAACUUAAGCCAAUGAGGAAGCUCAUUCUGUGUCAGCAAUAAAAGUACAGUGUACUGCAAAUGAAGCAAAAGUUGAAGUUGGUAGCACUGAAAAAUGUAGAGUUCCAUAAAAGAUUUCCUUUGGCAAUUCUUGGCCACUCAAAAAUGCCAAAUCACACACACAAAAAAAGCUAUUCAUCUACAAAAUUGGCCCACUUAAUCACCAGCCCCAUGAUCCUUCCACAUAUCUACAACUUUUCACUAGGGGAUAUCAAGAUUUUGCUAAAAUUUCAAAAAAAAGUCCUCUUGCUAUGGAGGCUCUCAAUGCAGCAAGAUUAAACCCUGUUUCAGUUUUUUCUGAUAGAAGAAAUGAAUCCAAAAAAAUCCCAUCUUUCCAAUUCAAGAACCUUCAAAAUUCAUCCAAUUUUAGCACCAACUUGUCAAGAUCAGUAGAGGGUAUAUCAAGAAAUGUUCAAGGGGGUUUAGUUUUACUUUCCUCUGUUUUCACUACAGGUUUAGCUAAAGCAUUGACAUACGAGGAAGCACUUCAGCAAUCAACUACUAGUACUAGUACUAAUGAUUUUGAUGCAAAUGCAUUUGUUGAAACCUUGACUGAUUUCGUAUCAGAUAAUCCUUUAGUUAUAGCUGGUGGUUUUGCUGUUUUGGGUUUACCAUUUAUUGUGUCUCAGGUGUUUGGUAAAAUGCCUAAGCCAUCAUGGGGUGUUGAGUCUGCUAAGAAAGCUUAUGCAAAAUUGGCAGAUGAUGCGAGUUCAGAGUUAGUAGAUAUACGAACCACUGUUGAAUUGAAACAAGAGGGGAAUCCAGAUAUAAGUGGUUUCAAGAAGAAGCCAGUUACAAUUGUAUAUAAAGGUGAAGAUAAGACAGGGUUCUUGAAUAAGCUAGCUUUGAAGUUUAAGGAGCCAGAAAAUACCACAUUGUUCAUUCUAGACAAAUUUGAUGGAAACUCUGAACUGGUUGCAGAGCUUGUCACAGCAAAUGGUUUUAAAUCUGCAUAUGCAAUUAAAGAUGGUGCUGAAGGUCCCCGAGGAUGGAAGAAUAGUGGCCUCCCUUGGAUACUUCCUAAGAAAACAUUUAGUCUUGAUCUGGGCCUGUCUGAUGCUCUUGAUGGUCUUUUUGGGGACGGUUCUGAUUCUGUCGCUGUAGGUUUGGGUGUUGCCGCAGCUGCUGCAUUUGGACUCUUGGUGUUCUCAGAGGCGGAAACAUUACUUCAACUGUUAGGUUCAGCUGGACUUAUCCAACUAGUCAGAACAAAACUUCUAUUUGCAGAGGACAGAAAGCAAAGUCUGCAACAAGUUGAUGAGUUCCUCACCAAAGAGAUUGCUCCAAAGGAGCUUGUAGGUGACAUUAAGCAAAUAGGGCUGGCUCUUCUUCCUGUUCCAGUGACUAGAAAAAAUCUGCCUGAAUCUGCAGAGACAAGUGAAUCAGUUCCCGAGGUGGAUGCUGCAUCAUCUAAAGUAGAAGCAUCCGUCGAGACACUUUCACCAUAUCCUAAUUAUCCUGAUCUCAAGCCUCCAACGUCACCGAUACCUUCACAACCUAAUGGCAGUGUGGGGAAAGCUGAAACAGUUUCCAAGGUAGAAGUAUCUGCCGAGUCUACUCCAGAAAUCAGUUCAGCUCCAAAACCAGAAGUAACAGCAGAAGCACUAACUGGAAUUACAAGGCCACUUUCUCCAUAUCCCAAUUAUCCUGAUCUCAAGCCUCCGACUUCGCCAAUGCCUACGCAAGCAUAAUGUUGGACUUGCAGAUUUCCAUAUCCAAGGUGUAUCACCUCCACAAUUGCCAUUUUUUGUAAAAAUUGAAGGAAAGUUUGUAACAAUAUUUCCAUUCUUUGUAAUUUAUUGAUGAAUGUCAUCAUGUUUUGUAGAUAGAUAUGGUGUAGAAGCUUUGUGUGA